GAGGUUUUCACGAAGGUGGAGACGUGGAUCGACGAGGUGCUCGAGCUGCCGAAAGAGAAGCGGAGGUUUAGUAAGCUUUCGAGAAUGGUACCCGCGGUUGGGUUUUUCUUCCACCGCUUGCCUUUGUUGAAGGCGCUGCGAGAGUACGACGAGUUUUCCUCGUUGUCCAAGCGGCGGUACGUGCUUCCAAACUUUGCCGAGGUGCGGCACAUUUUGAACAUCGCGCAAGUGCACGCGUCGAGUAAGGACGUGCGGUUGGUGACUUUCGAUGCCGAUGGAACGUUGUACGCCGACGGUGAGCACUUUGAGGACGAUAAUAAGAUGAUCGAUAAGAUUAUGCAGCUCAUGGAGUUGGGCAUUCACGUCGCCAUUGUCACCGCCGCGGGUUAUCCGGGCGAGCCGACCAAGUUUGAGGGGCGACUGAAGGGUUUGGUGGACGCUUUCGAGGCGCAAGCGCUGCCGAAAGAAGUGUACGAAAAGUUUCACGUCAUGGGUGGCGAAUGUAACUACCUCUUGCGAGUUAACGACGAGUAUCGCCUGGAGUUUGUACCCUCGGAGGAGUGGCACAGCGAGCACAUGUACGACUGGAGAGACAACGACGAUGUUCGCAUGUUCCUCGACCGCGCGGAAGAAUUCUUGACCUCAUAUGCGAAGCACUUGGGCGUUCAAGUGGAUGUCUUGCGCAAGGAAUACGCGGUCGGAGUCUUGCCCAAGGGCGAUACCAUUUACGAAAACUUGGAAGAAAUGGCGCUCGCGAGCCAAGCCGAGCUUAGCGACGCGAAGAUUCCAUUCUGCGCCUUCAACGGAGGUAACGACGUUUUCGUGGACGUAGGUAACAAGCACAUCGGUUUGCAAGCGCUCAUGAAGUACUUAAACGUCGCUGGUUCGCAAACUUUGCACGUCGGCGAUCGUUUCACUCUCACGGGUAACGACGCCAAGGUGCGCGAAGCGGCGUCCAUUCUCUGGGUCGCGAGUCCGGACGAAACC